CACAAAAUCAAUUCCUCUUUUGGUUUAGUUGGAGAAAGAUGGAAAGUGGUAGAAGGCGACUCAAAGAACUUGCUCUCAGCGGAGGAAUCCAUAUGCCUGGCACAUCAUCUUGGAGAACCCAAGCCCCUUGGAGGCUCAGCUGCUGGAAAACAAUCCUGGGAAUUUUGCUGGCAGGAAGCAUUGUCCUGAAGCUGGCCGUGGUUGUCAUCAUCUUCUCAGCUUACCAAUGUACUUCAAAAGACAAGCAAUCAGGAAAAAAACAGGGCUCCAACUUACCGGAAAAUGAAUCAUGUACACCAGCUAUAGAAAAUGUAUUUGCCAACGUGCUUCUCGAUCCAGCCACAGCGCACCAGGCACUCACCAUUUCGAAGAACCUGAGGGAGGUGCGAUGGAAAGGCUCAUCAACACACGUGACCAACAACUUGGAAAGAUUUUCGAACUAUCCCUGUGUGCUGGGCCAGGGGGGAUUUACCUCAGGCAUCCACUGGUGGGAGGUGCAGGUGCUAGCAGGGCAUCACUGGGUUUUGGGGGUUGCCAGGGAGUCCAUUGAGAGGAAUGAGCCGUUUGUUUAUCGGAAGAACUGGUCCUACUGGGUGAUAGGAAAUCAGUGCAGCUCAUGCAAUGACUUUGCCUUCCAUUUUGCUUCUAUAGGUGUGUUUCAGAAUGUCACAAGGAUAAAGGUCUCUGUGAACUAUGAUAGGGGGCAGGUAUUAUUUUUUGAUGUUGAUUGGGGGUUUCAGGUGCAUGCACUAGCAGCUGACUUCCUUGGAGAGAAAAUUUACCCCUUUUUCUGUGUGAUGUUCAACACGCAUCUUAGACUAUCUCACUGCCUUCCUUAACACUUGCUUUCCCCUCCCCACUGAAGUAGGAUUCUUCACUGGGCGUCUGCAUGAUGUCCCUGUAUUCCUGGUCCAGGACUUCUGGGUAAAUUCAAGCCCAGCUGCCCCCACACCAGCUCUGGUGACUGGGAGAAGUCCUCUUCUGCUUGGCUCCGCCAGCCGACGUGAUGACGAUGGGCACAAGGGCUGGCCGUGAUGCCUACCUCGUUGCCAGUCUCUUUUCCUCCAGCAUCACUUUGUGCAACCUCACUGGGGUGUGCUUUUGAAAAUGCCCACUUGACUAAUUUCCUUGUAUAUUAACAAGGGAUGGUGAUAAUGAUAAUUAUGAUCAUGUCUUCUAUUGCCAUUAAGGUAUGGCUGUUCUGUUGAUCAUUUCAGAGUGCAAUGGCUUUCUUGUCCUAUGAUGGUACUGAUUCUUGGCCUCUCAGAGGCCAAAACUGCCUUACAUUAUAUUAGACUAUUUAUCCAUCUACCCCACAAUUGUCUAACAUGGUCUUCUUGAACCCAAGGACCUCCAGAACCCACCAGUUCCCAUCAGCUGCAGGCAGCAGGGCCACAUGGCAAGAGUGCUAGGAGUUGUAGUCCAGAACCUCUAGAAGAUACCAGGUAGAGAAAGGUGGCCUGCUGUGACUGCAGGUGGCAGGCAGAGUCUUCCCCAGCCCUUCCUGGUGAUGCCGGAGAUCAGAUCUGGGACCUUUUGCAUGUGCAGGCUGUGCUGGGCCACUUUGCUACAGCUUUCCCCUUCCGCAGUGAGUUGCAUAAUAGUUCACCUCAGAAGUGUCUGCAAGGGAGCAGCCAGAUGCCCCGAAAUAUUGGCUGGGUUCCUAUGACACGCUUAGCCACACCGCCCAGCAAGCGACACAAUGUGACUUGUGACCUGCCCCACCCAAAAUACAUCCAGCAGAUGAUCACAUGCCUCCUGGGGAGGAUCCCUUCUCCGCCUCCUCCUCUCCCAGAGGUAUCCCAGGAGGCCCCGCAGGUGCACGGAGGCGUCCCCUGCAAGCAAAGGGACAGGGCAGCGCCCGGCAGUGAGGAGGCGCUGCCGCUCCAGUGAGCCACCAGGCCAGCCUCAGUGGUUCCUCCCGUGUGGGGGUGGAGCAGGGGAGGCACAAUCGGCACAGCCUCUUGCGAGUUGGCUGAAUCGUUCCUUGCCCUGUGUUGCUGCUGUGAAGUCCACAGGAAUUGUGGCUACAGCGUAAGGAGAUCAGGAGCUGGCAAGGGUAGCUACUGCUGCUCAUGGCAAUUGCCACGGCGGUGGGCUCAAAAGGGGUUGCUGGGGCAACAGGCACGGCAGGAGGCCUGUGACAGCCACCUGAAGUGCCCCCAGAAAAGCACCUGUGUAUGUAACUGAUAGGUUAUAAAAGCAUCUUGCACAGACUCCAUCUUUGUAGUCCCUUCGGGGGCUGCCUACAUGCUGCAGGUAUUUCCUAUAUGUCGGAAUAAACUGCAGGUGUUCUUUUGAUUGUACCCGCCAGCCAGCAGGCUCCCUCUGGUUUCCCUUGUCACGUGUCACAACAAAUAACUUAUCAGUCCUUUGUCCUUGUAUCCUCUGUAAAGAGCAAUUCAUACCAUAAUCUUCUUGCAAACUUAAAGCCCUGAACUACUACCAAAAAAGAAAACUGGACUAUAUUUAGGACAAUUGUAAUAAAAUCAUCCCAGUAAAAUCUACACUCAAUUUCAUGCAUUUAUUUUAUUCAUUCAUUCAUUUUAUUCCUGUGCUACCCAAUAAUCAAAGCUCACUAAGUGGCAAACUACC